AUGGCUGCUCAAGAAAUGAAUUCAGAUCAUCAAAAAUAUCUUCCAGAUUAAGAACAAUAACAAUUAAAACCAGAUGAUCAAAUAUUUGAUUAAGAUGGAUAGUAGUAAACAUUAAAAUACACGGAAACUAAUCCAAUGAGUGGUGUGUUAAAUCAAGUUUAUCAUGAAGAAGAUCCUAAGUUGAUGAAAAGGGAUAUUGUGAAAAAGAGAAAGUAAUAAGCAAAAUAGGAACGAUUGAUUUCAGCAAAAAGACUAAAGAGAUUAUUACGCAAAAAACCUAUUGAUAAAGUGAGAUUGGCAUAUUAAGCUUAUUUUUUUAUUGUUAGUAUAGCUGUAUUGGCAUUAAGUAUUUUAUCUUACAGAGAUUAAACUGUGUAUGAAGGAGAUUAUAAAUAAUUUUUAGAUAAUAUGGGUUCAUAUGUAAUAGAUGAUAUUUAAUUUACUUAUACAAAUAAAAACUGUAAGAGUUAAUUUGGAGAAGAAGUAAAUAAUAAUUUCAAAAAUUUUAGUAUUCUUCUUUAUAUGAAUAUUACUGGCCAGGAACAAUGAUUGGAUGUGAUUGUAGUAAAGGAUUUAAUUUCUCUUUAUUAUAAGAUUAAAAUAUUGUUAAUAUAGAAGAAUUCUUUAAACAGUCUUUUAUGUUGGGUAGAGUUUGCAGUUAAGAAAUGUUGGCAAGAGGAUGUCAUAAUGUGAAUGAAUAAUAACCUAAAGCUUUUAACUCUUGGAAUGAUGGUUCAUAUGGAAGACGUAAUUUAUAUAUAUAUAUAUUUUAGCCUUUGUUUUAUGUGCUAGAAGAAGGACUGGUAUAAGUUUACAAACAAAUUAGAGUUAUUGUGAAUCAGAAAACAAAACUGUAUGUGGCACUGGAGAUAAUAUAUUUUGUGUAUCAUCUGAUAUGAGUUGUCCUAUCUCAGAUCUUGGAUUUACUACAAAUUCUAAUUUCAAAAACUUGUAAAAAUUAAAUGAUACUAAUAUUGGAUAUAUCUAUGAUUUAGGAAAAGGAUUCUAUUUUUAUUAUUUAAAAAAUACAUCAAAUUUACCUCUUAUUGAAUUUAGAGUUACUGAAGGUGAUAAAGUUUGUAGAAGAAAUUUAAAUUAGAAUAUUUCUCCUAAUAGAAUUGAUUAUCCACUUAUGAUUGAUAGAAGAUAAUAAUGUGAAAAUACAGAUCCAUUAUUUAAAUUAAUUCAUUCUAUAGAUGAAGAAUAAUUUUAUUUAUCCAAUAAUGUCAUUUAUUUAUAAGAAAAAUUACCUUAUUUUAACAUUGAUACAAAAUAUAAUUGGACAAUUCAUUCUAAAACUUAUAUUCCUUGGGCUCCAAAUUGUAGAGGAUAAUUAUUCGAUGAUGUAAUUCAUGAGGGAGGAACAUUAUUUUUUGUAUAUAUAUCUUUAAGAGUUUAAUUGGGAGUCACAAUAACAUAUUUUAUUGUUAUUGGUCUAAUAUUCAAUAUUGUAGGAACUAUGACUGCUUGUAAUUUUGCUUGGUCUUGUAUGACAAGUAUUAAUAAUCAAAUAUAAUUUAGCUCGUCCGGAAUCUUAAUAUAAUUAUAUAUUUAUUAUUGAAAUUGGCUUUAAAAUAGCAUUAUAAAUAGCUGAAAUUAUUGUUAUUUGUGUUUCAUUUGCAAUUAUAGAUGGAAAAAGACUAGUAAUUAAAGAUAUCAAUGAUAAUAACUGUGUUUCAGAUCCUGUUAGUGAUUACUUUUUUACAAAUCUAGAAAAUGAUUUAACUAAAUUUGCUUGGUCAUAUAACCUAGCAAAUUUAGUUAUCUUUUCAGUGACCAUAAUAUUAGAUUUAAUUAUAAUAAAACAUUCCUUAAAUAAGGGUCAACAUCAUGGUGCAAAAAUGCAUCAUGAGAAGGGUGAACAUUAAGAACUAGCUGUAGGAUCACAUGGAGAAUCUGCAAAUUUUUAAGAUGUUAAAAGUGAAUAAAAGUUAUAAGUUAAAGGUGACAUAUGA